AUGUGUGAAGGAAAGCAAACGUGGAAUAAUGGAUACGAAUUUUCAAGCGUUUCAAUUCUCGCUUUAGUUGGAUUAACCUACUCAGUAUACAUUUCGUUAAAAAUUUUACUUUGGAUUUGUAAAGCUAUUUACAUCUGUUUUCUUGGCCCCAAACUUGGAAUGUCAGUGAACUGGAGCAAAGUAGGACGAUGGGCAGUGAUAACUGGAGCUACUGAAGGAAUUGGAAGAUCUUAUGCUGAAGAGCUGGCUGCUAGAGGUUUGAACAUCGCCCUAAUCAGUAGAAGUGUGGAGAAGUUAGAAUCAGCAGCUACUGAUUUAGAAAAACGUCACAAGAUCAAAACUAAAACCAUAUCUGUAGACUUUACUAAUGGAUCUGAAAUAUAUGAUGAAAUCCAAAUGGCGCUUCAAGGUUUAGAAAUUGGAGUUUUAGUCAACAACGUUGGAAUGAGUUUCAUUUACCCAGAAUAUUUUCACUUGAUUCCUAAUGCCAUGGAGACUAUGGAGAAAAUUAUUAGAGUCAACGUUAUAGCUUGUACUAGGAUGAUGAGAAUGAUUCUACCACAAAUGGAAGAGCGACAAUGCGGAGUUGUCAUUAAUGUAUCAUCAUUGCUGGGGAUUUACCCUAUUCCUCUCCUCAGCUCUUAUAGUGCCAGUAAGUCGUACGUUGAUUAUCUUUCUCGUGCUAUUCAAUUAGAAUACAAGAAGAAAGGAAUAAUUAUUCAGUGCGUGAUGCCAGCUUUCGUAGCGACUCAAAUGUCAAAAAUUCGACGAGCAUCUUUUAAUGUACCAACCCCUGAUGAGUAUGUGAAGUGGGCGAUUCGAACAGUAGGGCUGGAGACAAGAACCUAUGGUUAUCCUCCUCACAGACUGCAGGGAAUCUGGUACGAGUUUCUAGACUAUUAUAUGCCAAGUUGGUUUAACAUGAUGGUUGCAUGGAGACAUACGUCGUUUCUUCGUAAUCGCUUUUACAGAAAGAAUGGUUUAGUGGAUCCUAUGAUUGCGCACUACAACGAGCCACCAGUGCAUUAUUACAUUUUUGACACAUUAAACACUAACGGUUUGGAGUACACACAAUAA